AUGCUACAAGACCCAGAGAUUAGUGCAGGUGCUUCCCAGGUCGAGACGCAGCUGACACCACACCGCGCCCUCCCCGCCUCCCACACGCGGACAAGGCGACUCAACCUCGGCGUGAACGGUGGGGGAGGAAUAAGCGAGGGGACAAAAUUGAUUGCCAGCGACACCAAUACAAGGGCGGUGGGCGGCGGGACGUGCGGUGGUGGAGGGCCUUGCCGCCCCUCACGCCCUCACGCCCCCUUGCCGCCCCCUUCCCGCCCCUCGCCGCCAAGACUGAUGGCAAACGACCUCCACCCUCAUUGUGACCGCCAUCUCGUGAGCCCCGACACAGAUCGCCCCUCUCCCAUCCCCUCUUGUCCCCUUACGUCCCCUCCAGCCCAUCCUCCACCACCCGCCGCCCACUGCUCAGCCGCCCUUCACCGGUCCUCCGUCACAUUCACCAUCCUCUCCUCCCCUCCACCUUUCCCCAACCCAGCGCCACCCACACACGAGGCGCCGCACCUACGGAUGCGGAAAAAGGGGAAAAAAGGGCGGGGCGGGGUGGGGGGAGGUUGA